AUGCAGGACCAGAAACCAAACCCCCUCUUCAAAAUCUACUCGUCGACCGCUUCUCAAUGGGCCGGCGUCCCUCUCCUCGGCCUCGUCGAGAAGGGAUACCCUGAAGGGAGCUAUGACGUCGAAAACAUUGAUUUGAUGAACGGCGGCAAUUUCCACCCAGACUACGUCGCCAUCAACCCCAACGGGACGAUUCCUUCGUUGACUAGCCCGGCCCUGCCGGCGCCGUUGGUCGAGAGCGCCGACAUCCUCGUCUACCUCGACGAGGGCCGUCCGGAGGGGAUCACCCUAUCUCCUGGAAAGAAAGGGGGCGAUGUCGAUGUCGUCGACAAGGUCAAGGAGGUCAUUGACCUGGUCCACUCGCCGCAACUCAGCACAAACAUCAUCCUCCUCGACGCCCGCGACCGGGAUGAACUCAAGGCGAAACAGGCCAGUCCGUUCCGCGACUUUCUCGCCGCCCGCCAGGCCGCGCUGGACGGGUAUGCCGCCCAGUUUCCCGAGAAUGUCUUCUACCGGUCGCGCCGGGACAUGAACCAUGCCAUUUAUAGGCAUUACUACCUCGACGAAGAUGACCAUCAAGACUUCUUCGACCAAAGCCGCGCCGACUACCGCGGUUUCGCCGCCGGGGUCGCCCAGCUCGACACCGCUCUCGUGCUGCCCUACGCCGCGGGCCCCGACCUGACACUCGCCGACCUCCACGUCGUGCCCUGGCUGGCGCACGCCAUGUGGGGGGCCGGCAGCGAGCGCAUCGACGACUUUGCGCCCCUCGAGGCGCUGGUGCGCAAGACGGUGCCCGACUUUUGUGUUGGCGAGAAGGUGAGGGCGUGGUGGGCGAAUAUGGUGCGGCGCGAGUCGGUGCGCAGGGUGUAUCCGAGGCCGCAUUGA